AUGGGCGAAACGGGAUUUUCUGGAGGAUCGGGCGAGAUCGUAUUCUCGGAGACGGAGAUGGCGGCGGCGGAACAGCUUAUGCAGCUGAGCGAAGAAGAAACGGUGAGCUGUAGCAGCAGCACCGGCGGAGAUGGCGGCGGCGAAAGAGGAGGACGCAAGAGAAGGCAUGAAGAUGUUAGCUCGAGAAUCGGGAACGAGCAAAACGACGGCGUAAAGGAGAAUUGUAAUCUUGGCGUGGAGAUGAAGACGAAGAUGAAGAAGAUCAUGAAGGAAAAGAAGUUUCGAUCUCUCGAGAGUAUUUACAAGGCGACGAAAGAGAUUAGGGAUUAG